CACAUGACUCCAGCCGCAUGUAAACACUAGCAGGACGCGGCUGUUUACAAACCUGUCUCUGUGUCUCUGUGUCUCUCUGUCUCUGUCUCUGGUUAGUCCUCGUUCACAGAUAAAGACCAGAGGACAGAGAGGAUGGAGGUAGAAAACGCUCGUCCCUAUUUCUUUGGAGAUAUCGGCUGCUGGGUGGAGAGAACAGAGGUGCACAAGGCGGCGUCCCUCGGCCAGACCUCGCAGCUGCAGCACCUCAUCCAGAGCGGAGCUUCAGUCAACAUGGUGGCGGUGGACUCCAUCACGCCGCUGCACGAGGCCUGCCUCCGUGGAGCGGUCCAGUGUGUCCGGCUGCUGCUGGACGCCGGAGCCCAGGUGGACGCGAGGAACGUCGACGGGAGCACCCCGCUGUGCGACGCCUGUUCCGGCGGUAGUUUGGAGUGUGUUAAGCUCUUGCUGGAUCGCGGCGCCAAGACCAACCCUGCUCUGACCUCCCGCACGGCCUCGCCUCUCCACGAGGCCUGCAUGGGAGGAAAGUCCGACUGCGUGAGGCUCCUGAUUGCCAUGGGUGCCGGUCUGGAGCCGUACGACCUUUACUACGGAACCCCGCUACACGUGGCUUGUGCUAACGAACACACGGACUGUGUCAAACAGCUGCUCAAUGCAGGUGCUAAAGUGAACGCUGCCAGGUUCCACGACACGCCGCUGCACAACGCUGCUAAAAACACGCGAGUGGAGAUGGUGGAGAUACUGGUGGAGUUCGGGGCCAACAUCUACGCCAGAGAUCAGCACGACAGGAAACCCGUGGAUUACACCACGCCGGGCUCUCCCUCUGCGACCUGCCUACGCUUUUAUGAGACCACCCCCAUGAGUCUGCAGCAGCUCAGCAGGCUGGCUGUGAGGACCAAGCUGGGAACCAGAGCUCUGAAGGUCAUAGGUCAACUGGACGUACCGAAACUCAUCAUGGGCUACCUCCGCUACCAGUGAGCGUCGCCUGGAGGAGAAGACUGAAGAGCUACCGCACAAUACUGAGGAGAACACAGCAAAAGGUGCCGCUGCAUUAGACAUGAUAAUAGUAGACACAGUUUAGUGAUGAGCGCUUCUUCUUUUCACCUUUCACCUCAAGACAGCUCCUCUGGUGGAGUUGUUUUGGUGUCCAAAUGAAAUUCAUUCGUUGUGUUUAGACUCGUGCUAAUGACUUGAUUUUAACUUGUUUAAAGAAUUACUAUAACACAAACUCCUUAGCCUAGACAGACAGAAAAUACAUCUGUAAUAGCUCCACAACUAGCAGGCCUCUAUAUGCAUGAUCUUGGUCUCUGUGGAUAGGUAAGACCUCAGAGAAUUCAUCCCCAGUAACACUGUGACUGUUACUCUGCCUGAGUAAACUGGGAUGAACUAAAGGAAACAAUUUACAUUUUGAUCCUCUCCUAAAAUGUUUUCUAGAUCAGACAGUGGAUAAAACCAUUAUAGCAAUGAUGACAUCAAUGAGGUCAUUCAGCAACUCCUCGACUACAUCUGUGCCAAAGCAGAUAUAAAUAACACAAAGCACAUAGAUUCUACAAAGAGUUUAGUCAGGAUAGGACCAGGAGGACUCUCCGUUUGGCACACUUGGAUACCCGAAGUGUGCCAAAUGGGUUUUCUACCUCUUGAAAGUGAAUCUGGUUCUAAAAUACUCCUGAUAUCCACUACAGGAGGCUACGUGCACACAGUGGAGCCUUCGGCCGUGACGUUUACCCUGAGCGUCAUCUCAUUCUACCGUUGUGCAUCAUCUCAUUCUACCGUUGUGCAUCAUCUCAUUCUACCGUUGUGCAUCAUCUCAUUCUACCGUUGUGCAUCAUCUCAUUCUACCAUUGUGCAUCAUCUCAUUCUACCGUUGUGCAUCAUCUCAUUCUACCGUUGUGCAUCAUCUCAUUCUACCGUUGUGCAUCAUCUCAUUCUACCAUUGUGCAUCAUCUCAUUCUACCGUUGUGCAUCAUCUCAUUCUACCGUUGUGCAUCAUCUCAUUCUACCGUUGUCCACAGUAGAACAUCAAUAAACAACAACAACUAAACUGUAUAAUUCUG